GUAACCAAUUAUCAAGGUGGCGAAGUCGCACAUGGCUUCUCGAAUGCAAACGCCAGAAAAUUAAGACUUAAAACGUACCGACAGCGCAGUAGUAACUAGUGAAAUCAAAAUCCGUUCUUUUAAAUAGUAUGCUGUAAAGAUGGGAAACGUAUUUGCCGCUUCACCACCACCCCAGGGCGUUGGAAUUCCCGCCCCACCGCUGGUAUCUCCUCCGCCAAGUCAUUCACCUUUCCCAACGCAACAAGAAUCAACGGACAAAAAAGAUCCUAUUUUAGCAGCAUUGCCUAAUGAUGAAGGCCAAAAUCCAGGAUCCUUUGAAGAUCUGCACAAAAAAUGCAAAGAUAUAUUUCCACAGAUAUUUGAAGGUGGUAAGCUAAUUAUAUCGAAAGGAUUAAGUAGUCAUUUUCAGAUCAGUCAUACAGUUUCACUCAGUACUUUCCAGACCUCAGGAUACAGAUUUGGCUGUACGUACAUAGGACAAAAACAGUUUAGUCCUUCAGAGGCUUAUCCAAUUAUAAUAGGUGAUGUUGAUGCUAGUGGUAAUUUAAAUGCAAGUAUUAUUCAUGCUUUUACUGAAAGAUUAAGAUCAAAGGCAGUUGUUCAGAUUCAGAACAAUAAAUGUGUAGCUAUGCAAGCAUCAAACGAUUAUAAAGGCAAGGACUAUACAGCAUCUUUAACUCUAGGAAAUAUAGAUCCUCUUAAUGAGUCAGGUAUUGUAGUAAGUCAGUACUUACAAAAAGUUACAUCAAAUUUAGAUUUAGGUGCUGAAUUAUUAUAUCAAUAUGGGCAACAAGUACCUGGAGGAGAGAUAACUAUUAUGUCUCUAGCUGGUCGUCUUUCUGGUGAAAGCUGGCAAGCCAGUGCUAAUAUUAGCCCUUUUGCAGGAAACCUUCACACCUGUUAUUCACACAAAAUAAAUGAACAGUUACAAAUAGGAGCUGAAUUAGAAACCAGUUUACGAUUAGGAGAAAGUACAGCAACAAUAGGCUAUCAAUUAGAAAUUCCUAAUGCUAAUGUUACUUUUAAAGGUCAGUUAGAUAGUAAUUGGUGUUUAGGAGCCGUUAUGGAGAAAAAAUUACAACCAUUUCCAUUUACCUUUGCAUUGAGCGGGUAUGCAAACCAUGUUAAAGGACAAUACCGAUUUGGUAUAGGAUUAAUUGUUGGAUGAUUGUAAUAACUGUUAGAGAUAUUUGUGAUUAUUACUGAAGACAGUUGUGCUCUCAUUAUGUGAACAUUGGUCAACUCAUACAGAUGUCAGUUAAAUGGCAGCAGAAUGGACAUUUUAAAAUUGGGUAGAUACAAAUUUAUACAGAGAGGCGAAAAGGGUGUUGAAAAUGCAUUGAUUAAUCCAUACAAUUCGAAUCCUGUGUAAGAUUACUAACUCCAGCUAAAUAUUGAUUGAUUGUAAUAUUUUUAGCUUAGAAAUCAAAUAAUUGGUCAUAUUUAGGAAUGCAUUUAACUAUAAAUUUGAAUGGAAGAUAAAAGUAAUUUUUUUUUACUGUCAAUUUUUCUUCAAAUUUAGUCCUUAUAAGUUCUUAUUUUCAGUGGCAUUUCGUCUAUACAUUGUAAAUGUUAUUACAUGGUUGGAUUCAGGGUGUUUAUACAUAGCUCACUUUACUUAUGCUGAUCUAAUAACAUAUCUUGUAGAUAAAACAAUAAUAGUAUCUAAACAUUACCAUAUUCAACAUAAUAAAUACCCAGACACUCCAAGAACAAUAACAGGUAGGCGUUUAUAACUGCCGGGUGAUUAUUAGGUGAUACACAGUAGUUUGAUUAAUACUUUGAUACCAUACUAGAUAGAAAACCAUUUGUCCCCUGGUUGAUUAGGAAUGAUUCAAAAGUAAUCAUUCUUGUCAGACCUUGUAGAACUUUAUAGAAUGAGUUUUCAGUUCAUUAAACAAUUUGCUUUGACAAUUUGUCUUUAAUGUUGGUAAAACCUGAUUUUACUGGUAUUCCUCCAGAGGUGAAAAGUUAAAAGACAGGAUAUAACAAUUCUUUGCUUGAUACUUGCUUAUAAGUAAUAAGUUGAUACCCGUCUUCAUUAGCCCAGUUCGGAGCAGAACAGUAGGACGUUAAACUCCAUUUCAUUUCACUUUCAUUUAUAAGUUGAUAACCAAAUACAGGGUAAGGAAUAUAAUAUAUGUGUAAAGAAGGCUAACAAAUUUAACUUCUCUGAAUUUGAAUACAUCUGAAUCUGUGUCUGUUAUUUAUGGAAUUUUCUUUGUGAUGUGACAUUGUUUUGGGACCAGGUUUUAUUUAAAAUUGUUUAAGUUCUAUCUAGAAUAUAUUUUAUUAAAGAACAUUAGCAGUUCCCUGCUCGACUUGCCAUUCAGACAUAGAAGGGUUCAGUUAAUUUUUUGCUGAACGUCACUGACCCUCCCAUAUAUUUAUUGAUUUUUACUUCUGAAUUUUAGGGAUAUUUGAAAACCAGGAUGCAAUAAUAUUCUACAGUGGAAAGUGCCAUAUCUUUUGUUUUAGUUAACCAGUUUAAGUAAUGUUGAAACCUUGUCAGCUCAAAUCAAGUCAACAAAUAUUGGUGUUUUGACUAGAAAUAUUAGACUUUGUGUUUGUACCUGUCACUGAAUUGUUUUCUGAGCAUCCCGAACAAGCUGUCGUAAGAACCCUUGGGUAACUGAUAAAAUAGUCUAUUGACUGUAAGGUAAUAACUGAAUGUGAAAUUAAUUUGUCCUGCCCUAAUCUCUUCUAAAAUGAGUUAAUUAAAUUAAUCUAAAGUAUGAAACCAUUUAACAGGUAAGGGCAUUUAUGAGCAUAUCUAAUUAAUCACCAAUGAUUAUUGUAUUGUGCUGUCUUCAUUAUCCCAGUAGGUGCAGAAAAGUAGGACAUUAAAUUUCAUUUCAUAUUAUAUUGUUUUGACAAGUAUAAAGUUUGCCAGUGCCACUGAUUUUGGUUACCUAUUGUAAUUAAUGCAGCUGGAGAAAAGUCGCAGUUAUUCCUGGGAUUUAUUUACGGUUUUACAUUAGGUAAAGCUAGUUCUGCUGUAAUCUGGCAAUUUUGUGAAUUAAUAUUUGUGAGUCCUGUAUAGUCUUAUAUACAGUUUAGAGUGGCAGUUAAUUGUUUUGUUUGAUAAUGUGAUUAGAAUGUAUGAAUAUAGAAUAGUUAUAUAAUAUAUAAGCUGAUAGACGAGAUACAGGUAUUAUGAUAGAUAUGUCAGCUGUUGUUUUAGAGAGCUGGCUUUUAUUAAAAGAAUAUCACGGACAGAUGUACAACAUACAUCUUAUACAGUAUGAGCGCAAAAUGUACAUUUUGAACAUUAGACUAAUAUAAUUAAAUAAAUAUUAUUUACCUUUAUAUAUGGUAAUGUGUUUGUACUAUUGAGUGAUUGGUGGUGGAGGUGGCUGGAAGUCAAGUAGCACAUUUGGAUCCCAAGCUUGUAAGAAAUCAUCUGCCCAACUUCAUGAUUUUUUCUCUCGGUUUUGUCCAUUUGCUAAAGACCCUACUGUAUUUGAAUUAUUGAAAUAUAAUAGUACCAUGUGUUAGUCCUGAAA